AUGAGCGAAAAAGAGGAGAAGGUACAGUAAUCCAAAUUAGAUUCUGCCUCUUGACAUUUUGUCAUUUUUUAGACUUCUUCUUCUUCUUCACCCGAUGGCCAAAAAGAAACUUCAGUGAAAUUUUCGGUUUCAAGUAUUUUAUCGCCAUUUGAGAAUCUGGGUAAAUUUAGAAGAAAAUUCCUUUUUUGAUCAUCUAAAUAAAAAUUGAAUACUGUAGCGCGUGUUCAACAACAACUUCUUCGAAUGGCUGCUUCUCAUCGACAAAGUUUUGAUCAAGCUACAACAUCUGGGUUGAAAUUACCAUUGAUUCCACCGCCAAUUCCUCAUCCAGCUUGGUUAUAUAAUCAACAAUCCACAGCAGCUUCUUGUAAGUUUAUAGAAACAAUUUUGAUCUACAAAAAAAUCUACAGUACUCCCCGGCUCUUUUGGAAAUAUGCCUUUGAAUCAUCGAAGAAAACGACGAGUUCUAUUCAGUCAAGCUCAAGUUUAUGAAUUGGAAAGAAGAUUCAAACAGGCGAAAUAUUUGACAGCUCCGGAAAGGGAGCAAUUAGCGAAUUCAAUUAGGCUAACUCCAACACAGGUAUUUAAGAAAACUUUUUAUUUUAAUAAAAACCAGGAGCUGUUAGCUCUCAGGUUCAAGCAUGUUUCUUGUUCUCCAAUGUAUAGAAAAACUUUUUCUGUGGAGUGAUUUUGUUGAGCUUCGCUAGCUCUUCUUUUUCUGUAAAAUUUCAAAAAAUUUUCUUGCGCCUUAGAUAACUUUGCUUAACUUACCAGCUGGUUUGCAGACUUGUUUUUUCGAAAACAGGCAGAAUAAGAUGACUAGGGCAUAAAUGAUUCCAAGUGCAAUAACAAUACCACUGGCAACCACAAUAUACAAUGAUGGGAUUGGAAUUUUUGAAUUUUCUGCAAUUUUUUUGAGAUUUUCUACUUCCUCUUGGGCUACCAUUUUUAUUCAAAACUGAUCUGGUCAUUCAUUAAAAUGUGUUUGGAUAAAAUGUCACGCGAAAUUUUUUUUUUUUUAAUUCGAAGUCAAUAUUUUCUUUUUCCAGGUGAAAAUUUGGUUUCAAAAUCAUCGUUACAAAUGCAAACGUCAAGAAAAAGAAAAGGCGAUGAGUGGCCUUGAUAAUUCUGAUUCUCCAACAGCUGAAGAUGAUGAUGAUGGGUAUGUUCACAACAUCUACAGAUUCUCCAAAAAAUAAUAUAUUUUUCAGAAAAUAUUCGGAGAAAGAUGAUGAGGAAAUUGAAAUUGAAGAGGAAGAAGAAGAUCCGAUUGCACAACUUGCUAGAAAUCGAAUGUUUGCUGUAAGUUUCGAAAUUUUUUUUUAUUUUUAUUCAGAACCACAAAAAAAAAUUUCAGCUUGCUGGACAAUUUGCAUUUUCCCCUGGUGCUUAUUUGCGAUGGUGA